AUGGCCGCCUUCAUUCGCAAUGCUGUUUUGAUGCUCGUCGCACCGGUGGUUGUGAGCGCUGCCACCAUUACGCUCGACUGGAACAUCACAUGGGUCACUGCCAACCCUGAUUCGGCGCUCGACAGGCCCGUGAUUGGCAUCAAUGGCCAAUGGCCGCCGCCGGUCCUCAACUUUACCCGCGGCGACCGCGUCGUCGCCAACGUCUUCAACGGCCUUGGUAACGAGUCUACGAGCAUCCAUUUCCACGGCCUGUAUCAGAAUGGCACCAAUACCAUGGAUGGCCCGCCGGGAAUGACUCAGUGUGAAAUCUCGCCGGGUUCGACCAUGGUGUAUAAUUUCACAGUUGACCAAAUCGGAACGUACUGGUACCACUCGCACACCAAAGGUCAAUAUCCCGACGGCCUGCGUCAGGUCUACACCAUUUCGGAUCCCGACGAUCCUUAUGCGGGCCAAUACGACGAGGCGGUGGUUAUAAGCUUGUCGGACUGGUACCACGAGCAGAUGCCGGAACUUCUGAAGGGCUUUAUCAGCGUGUCGAACCCCACUGGGGCUGAGCCGGUGCCCAAGGCCGCAUUGAUGAACGACACACAGAACUUCACCUUCUCGGUCGAGCCGAACAAGACGUACCUCCUGCACUUGGCCAAUGUGGGAGCAUUUGCAGGACAGUACUUCUGGAUCGAGGGCCAUACCAUGCGGAUUGUCGAGACCGACGGCAUCUGGACCGAGCCCGCAGAGGCCGAUAUGGUCUACCUCGCAAGUGCUCAGCGGUACAGCGUUCUGGUCACGACCAAGAACGACACGAGCGCCAACUUCGCCAUGGUUGGUAGCAUGGACACUGAUCUCUUUGAUACCCUCCCAUCCGAUCUGAAUUGGAAUGUCACUGGCUGGCUCGUAUACAAUGAGGGGGCCGACAAGCCAGCAGCAGCAGAGGUCGAUUCGUUCGAUCCCUAUGACGACUUUAAUCUUGUACCUUACGACGGCAUGGAGUUGCUCGACGAGGCAGACUACACGGUGACUUUGGAUCUUACCAUGGACAAUCUUGGCGAUGGCGCCAACUACGCUUUCUUCAAUGAAAUCACUUACACCAGGCCCGUCGUGCCAACCCUCUACACGGUCCUCACCACGGGAUCUGCAGCAAGCGACCCUGUCGUGUACGGGAAAUACACGAAUCCCUUCGUUUUCGAGAAGAACCAGAUCAUCGAUAUCGUCCUCAACAAUGACGACUCGGGCAAGCACCCGUUUCAUCUUCACGGCCAUGCCUUCCAAGUAAUCUAUCGCAGCGAUGACGACGAGGGACACUUUGACGCAAGCAACCACUCUGCUUUCGCGUCGGUGCCGGUGCGUAGGGACACGGUCCUUGUUCGGCCGAAUGGGAAUUUUGUCAUUCGUUUCAAGGCAGACAACCCAGGCGUGUGGUUCUUCCACUGCCACAUUGAAUGGCACAUGGACUCGGGCCUUGCGGCAACCAUGAUCGAGGCUCCGCUCGAACUGCAGAAGACGCUGACGGUGCCUGCGAACCACUACGAGGUUUGCAAUGCAAGCGGGACUCUGACAUCGGGCAACGCUGCUGGGAACACCAAAGACUUUUACGACCUGACGGGAGAGCACAAGCCUGUGGACCGCCUUCCGGCGGGAUUUACCGCCAGAGGGAUUGUCGCUCUAGUUUUUAGCUGCAUUGCGGCGUUUGUCGGGCUGGCAGCAAUUUCUUGGUACGGAGCUGCGCCGAUGAGCAAGUAG